CGCCCCCUGCGCCCGCCCCGCGCGGCCCGGGCAUCCCCGCGCGAGCCCUCUAGGCGACCGCAGGGCCACAGCCGCCCCGCCGCAGGUGCCCCUCGGAAACCAUGACCCCCGGCGCGGGCCCAUGGAGCCAUGGCCUAUAGGGUCCUGGGCCGCGCGGGGCCAGCUCAGCCGCGGAGGGCGCGUAGGCUGCUCUUCGCCUUCACGCUGUCGCUCUCCUGCACUUACCUGUGUUACAGCUUCCUGUGCUGCUGCGACGACCUCGGCCGGAGCCGCCUCCUCGGGGCGCCGCGCUGCCUCCGCGGCCCCAGGGCGGGCGCCCAGAAACUUCUCCAGAAGUCCCGCCCCUGUGAUCCCCCCGGGCCGACGCCCAGCGAGCCCAGCGCGCCCGCCGCCGCCGCGCCCGCCCCUCGCCUCUCGGGCUCCAACCAUUCGGGCUCCCCGAAGCUGGGCACCAAGCGGCUUCCCCAGGCCCUCAUCGUGGGCGUGAAGAAGGGGGGCACCCGGGCCGUGCUGGAGUUUAUCCGCGUGCACCCGGACGUGCGGGCCCUGGGCACGGAACCCCACUUCUUCGACAGGAACUACGGCCGCGGCUUGGACUGGUACAGGAGCCUGAUGCCCAGGACUCUGGAGACGCAGAUCACGCUGGAGAAGACACCCAGUUAUUUUGUCACCCAGGAGGCCCCUCGACGGAUCUUCAACAUGUCCCGGGACACCAAGCUGAUCGUGGUGGUGCGGAACCCGGUGACGCGUGCCAUCUCCGACUACACGCAGACGCUGUCCAAGAAGCCCGACAUCCCGACCUUCGAGGGCCUCUCCUUCCGCAACCGCAGCCUGGGCCUGGUGGACGCGUCCUGGAACGCCAUCCGCAUCGGCAUGUACGCGCUGCACCUGGAGAGCUGGCUGCGCUACUUCCCACUGGCCCAGAUCCACUUCGUCAGCGGUGAGCGGCUCAUCACUGACCCGGCCGGCGAGAUGGGGCGCGUGCAGGACUUCCUGGGCAUCAAGAGGUUCAUCACGGACAAGCACUUCUACUUCAACAAGACCAAAGGGUUCCCUUGCUUGAAAAAAACACAGUCGAGCCUGCUGCCUCGAUGCCUGGGCAAAUCCAAAGGAAGAACUCAUGUACAGAUCGACCCCGAGGUGAUAGAUCAGCUCCGGGAGUUUUAUAGACCUUAUAAUAUUAAAUUUUAUGAAACCGUUGGGCAGGACUUUCGGUGGGAAUAAGCCGCCCCCGGGCUCUUCCCUCCUGUCCUGCGUGAGGUUUGCUGUGUGGCCUCCAGUCUUCCUCUCUCAACAGACUUGGCCCCCAGUCCCCUCCCCUCUUGGGCUCCACCCUUUUGGAACCAGGAAGUUCCGAAGGCCAAGGCCCAGAGACCAGGGGUUCCCUGGCACUGGUUCCCGCCGACUUGUCCAGGCAAAUUUGAUCUGCCUCUGGCACAUCCAUUCGAUUCCAGAAUUGUCUCCCUUCCACCUGUGCGAGGCCUCGAGGGAAUUGCCGUGAGGAGAGUGGAUCUUCCAGUGAUCAGAGAAAUACGUGGUGAUAGUCCUGUUGCUGUAAACACAACCCCCUGUUCCUGUCACCGCCCACCCAGGAAUGGGUUUGUUAGUUCCAAGUGGCAUGUACUUUCCCUCUGAGCUUAAUUCCCCGGAGCAGCCCUGGGUGGUGGGGUGGGAGAGCGUCCUCAGUCCUUCUCAGAUCUUUGCGGAGAUCGCAAAGGCAGAAGUACCCCUUUGAUGAUGGUAGAAGGCAGUGAUUUCAAACCUGUGGUUGGAGGACAGCCUUUGAAAUCCACUCUGUGACUCUCCUUGCUCCCUGUGAACAAAAGCACAUAACUCUGCUGUUACGGGUACUUUCCUCAUGCGAGCUUUCGUGUGUAGCAUGCGACAGAAUCAUGCUUGUCCAUGUGAAAUAAAUAUGGCUCUCUUGUG